GUUGGUCAGUUUCUGCUGGUUUUUUGCGCGUCGCAUGUUUCUACUCGUCAGAUUUCUCGAUUUAGCCGAGCAGAGUGGGGUGUAAUUAUCAAAUAGAGAAAUGCGCCUGGCCCGAAUCGAAUAAAUAAAAGCGUUCGCCGUGUGUGACAAUCAUUUCGACCACCCUCUUUGGCCCGAAAAGGAGCGCCAGCAAAAGAAGAAGAAGCAGCAAGCAGGCUGUGGCAGCGAGAGAGCGAACGAGAGAGAGGAAGAGGCAAAAACAGGGCUGUUUAACAACCAGUGCAAACGCUGAAAUUCCGAAUUUCCAACUCCGAACGAGGUUUAAACAACUAACACAAUGGCCCCGGCUUUGAGCAAGUUGGCCAAUAAUCAAAGCGCCAUCGUUGGCGUGGCGGGAAUGACGGCUGCCCUUUGGAUAAUCGCCUAUGGAAAAAUGUCCAACAAGAAGAGAAAACCCGGCUAUGAAGACAAAAUCCAAUACACAAUCGCCGAGAAGAAGGAGAAGAAGGCGUCGAAGGCCCAGGUCAAUUCAGUAUUCUUUAAACAGCUUCGCCAGCUUCUCCCUAUUCUCAUCCCGGGCUUCUGGAGCAUUGAGACGGGUCUGCUGUUCCUGGUGGCCGCCGCUUUGAUCGGCCGAUCUGUGAGCGACAUCUGGAUGAUCCAGAAUGCGACUGUGGUGGAGAGCACCAUUAUUCACAUGAACCGCUCCAAAUUCAAGUCGGCGCUGCUUAAAUAUCUGACAGCUCUUCCAGCGAUCUCUGUUGUGACCAAUGUCCUUAAGUGGAGUUUGGGUGAGCUGAAGCUGAGAUUCCGUACCAAUCUUACACAUCACCUGUACAGUCAGUACCUAAAUGGCUAUACCUACUACAAAAUGUCGAAUCUGGACAACAGGAUAGCCAACGCCGACCAGCUGCUGACCACUGACAUUGACAAGUUCUGCGAGAGCGCGACGGACUUGUACUCGAACAUCAGCAAACCGGUGCUGGACAUCUUCAUCUAUGUCUACCGCCUGACGGUGAAUUUAGGCGGCAAAACGCCCUCGAUCCUGAUGCUCUACCUGCUGUUCGCCGGAGUGUUCUUGACCCGACUGCGUCGACCCACUGGCCGUCUGACCGUCGAGGAGCAGAAGCUGGAGGGCGAGUUCCGCUACGUGAACAGCCGACUGAUCACCAACUCCGAGGAGGUGGCCUUCUACCAGGGCAACGUGCGCGAGAAGCUCACCCUGCUAGCCAGCUACUCCAAGCUGCGUUCGCACCUGCGCAAGUUCCUCGAGUUCCGCGUUAGCAUGGGCAUCAUCGACAACAUAAUUGGCAAAUAUUUUGCCUCAAUCGUGGGCUUCUAUGCCGUGUCCAUUCCCUUUUUCGCGGAGAACCAUCCCCUGCUGUCCGGCGAGCACAGUGGCCAGCGUCUGCAGGCCUACUACACGUACGGACGCAUGCUGGUCAAGCUGGCGGAGGCCAUCGGUCGUCUGGUGCUCGCCGGACGCGAGAUGUCGCGUCUGGCCGGCUUCACCGCCCGCAUGACCGAACUGAUCAAGGUGCUGGGCGACCUCAACAAGGGCACCUACGAACGCACCAUGAUCAACGGCAACAACAUCACGCAAAACGGCGGCUCCGCGUCCAGUAACUUCGGUCCAAACAAGGGCAUCAUGUGCUUCGAGGACAACAUAAUUCGCUUCGAGCAGGUGCCGCUGGUCACGCCCAAUGGCGAUGUUCUGCUCCAGGAGCUCACAUUUGAAGUGAAAUCCGGCACAAACGUUCUCGUUUGUGGACCCAAUGGCUGUGGCAAAUCCUCGCUGUUCCGCAUCCUCGGCGAACUGUGGCCCACGUGGGGCGGCAAGGUCACAAAGCCGUCGCGCGGCAAGCUCUUCUACGUACCUCAGAGGCCCUACAUGACGCUGGGAACACUGCGUGAUCAGAUUAUUUAUCCGCACACGCGCGAGGACAUGCGCCGCCUGGGCCACAGCGACGAGGAUCUCAUGCACUACCUGGACAUCGUCCAGCUGACCUAUUUGGAGCAGCGCGAGAACGGCCUGGACGCCAUCGAGGAUUGGAUCGACGUGCUGUCUGGUGGCGAGAAGCAGCGCAUCGCGAUGGCCCGCCUCUUCUACCAUCGGCCGCAGUUCGCCAUUUUGGACGAGUGCACCAGCGCCGUUUCCGUCGAUGUGGAGGGCAAGAUGUACAGCUACUGCCGCGAGGUGGGCAUCACGCUCUUCACCGUCUCGCACCGCAAGUCGCUGUGGGCGCACCACGACUACUAUCUGCAGUUCGACGGACGGGGCAGCUACGAGUUUGCGACCAUCGACCAGGAGAAGGAGCACUUUGGCUCUUAGAGAUCACCAGCUAUCACGCCACAUUCACCAGAACCGGAGGACAAGCAACAUCACCGCCGGGAAGGGAUUUCCGACCGAUUCCUAGCUUUAACUUCGGUGCUGGCCACUUCUAUGCUCCUCCACCUCCAACUUCCCCUCCUCCUUUUCCGUCUCUCAUCCCAAAACUGGCUCCUUUUAAUGCUCCUCCUCCUUAAAUGGUGCACUGUAUAUACCGAGAUAUGCAUAUAUCGCAAGUUGGACAACAAACCUUUCUUGUUUCGUUUUGUGAUUGUUUUCCUUUGUACGCUAUAUUCCACAUUUUAUUCCGUUUUAAAUAUAUUUUAUAUAGUAGUAUCCUGCGCUGGGAUCGUAGAUGUGUAACUCUUCGAGAGAGAGAGGCGCGAGCUGGUGUGUUUAGAGAUGUAAGCCUAAAGUAAACGAUGGAUGAGCGUUUAGAAAAGCUUUUAGUGAAUAAUAAAACACUUUAUACCUGUAGACCGCACAACACGCAAAUCGCGCGCAUAGACAACUUAUAGUAAUUUGUAAACUACACCUUGGCUUAUAAAA